GCCGGAACCCAGCAAUCUAACAGCGGACCUAAACGCCUACACAUUUCUAACAUACCAUUUAGAUUUCGUGAAGCUGACCUGAGGCAGUUACUUGGGGUAGAAUUUGGUACGAUUUUAGAUGUAGAAAUUAUUUUUAACGAACGAGGGUCAAAGGGUUUUGGUUUCGUAACUUUCGCAAAUAGUGCUGAUGCAGACCUGGCACGUGAGAAAUUGAACGGCACGGUGGUUGAGGGGAGAAAGAUCGAGGUCAAUAAUGCCACUGCUCGAGUCAUGACCAAAAAAGCUGCUGCACCCACCGUACCCAAUGGUAAGCCAAUGAAAUUCUUUCCGGGUCAAAAUCAGAUUUGUUGA